AUUCAAGACACAUUCUCAUCUAACUAUGAUAAAAACAGAGAACUAAAAGCCUUUGAUGACACGAAAGCCGGUGUUAAAUGCCUUGUUGAUGCUGGAAUUACUCAAGUGCCUCGGAUAUUCAUCCAUCCAGAGGUCUCAGGCUCGGGGCCUUUCCCGAUCCUUGAGGAAACACAUUUUGUUUUUCCAAUAAUAGAUCUCAAAAACAUCAAUAAAGAUCCUAUCAAGCACAAAGAGAUUGUUAAAAAAGUUGGUAAUGCUUCAGAGACAUGGGGAUUCUUCCAAGUGAUCAAUCAUGGUAUUCCAAUGUCAGUCCUGGAUGAAAUGCUAUGAGGAGCAUGAGGUUUUUUCGAGCAAGAUAUUGACGUUAAGAAGAAAUAUUAUCAUCGCGAUUAUACACGGAGAGUGGUGUACAAUAGCAAUUUUGAUUUGUAUAAUCCUAAAGCUUUAGCAGUAAAUUGGAGAGUCUCACUAUAUUCUACUAUGGGUCCUGAGCCUUUUAACCCUGAGGAAUUGCCUGAGGCUUGCAGGGAAAUAGUAAUGGAGUACUCACAUCAUGUAAUGAAAAUGGGAUGCACUUUGCUUGAGUUACUCUCAGAGUCUCUUGGUCUAAAAACAAGUCAUCUCAAUGAAAUGGAAUGUUCAGAGGGUCUUAGCAUUUUGUGCAAUUACUAUCCAUCAUGUCCACAGCCAGAAUUAACCAUAGGUCUUAGCAAACAUACAGACAAUGACUUCUUCACAAUCCUUCUACAAGAUCAUAUUGGAGGUCUCCAAGUUCUUCAUCACAAUCAUUGGGUUGAUGUUCCUCCUACACCAGGAGCUUUAGUUAUCAAUAUCGGAGACGUUCUCCAGCUCAUAUCAAAUGACAAGUACAAAAGUGUAGAUCAUAGAGCAUUGUCAAACAAAAUUGGUCCAAGAAUAUCAAUAGCAAGCUUCUUCAGCUCAGGGCCAUUGCCAUCUUCCAAACUCUAUGGACCAAUUGAGGAGUUGCUAUCAGAAAACAAUCCCCCAAAGUAUCGCGCAACGACAUUGAAGGACUUUUAUGAUUAUUUCAGCCAGAAAGGACUUGAUGGAACUUCAAAUCUAUCUCACUACAAAAUCUAAAUGGUAGGGGUUCGUUUGGUUCACAUUCUAGUUAUGUGGGGAUUGUAAUGCAAGAACUUUUAUUCAAUGAAUAAUAAAUAAAUUGAACAUACCGUGAC